AGUUUACAAUGCUGCAUGGCUGCAUCCCUGGUGUUCAGACUACAUGACAGAGGCCCAGAGCUGGUGAGGGAGGUGCUUCUGGAGCGAGGAUGGAAGGAAUAUGACAAAGGAGAACGGGAGGAGGAAGACUGGAAUCUUUACUGGCGGGGCUCUGCAUUUCGCAACUCCGUUCACAAAUUGCUGCCAUGGCAGCGCCUCAACCACCACCCCAAGACUGUUGGCAUCACGCGCAAGGACUGCCUGGCACGCAACCUGAGGAGAAUGAGAGCCACAUUCGGUCCAGCUUUCUAUGACUUCAGUCCCACCGCUUUCAUCCUUCCCAACGAUUAUACCCGCUUCCUGGCUGAGUACAACAAACUACGUCUGACCAGAGGACUGUCAGCUUACUGGAUAUGUAAGCCUGUGGAUCUCUCCAGAGGCAGAGGGAUCUUCAUGUUUGAGGACAUUAAGGACUUGGUCUACGACUGCUCUGUAAUCGUACAGAGGUACAUCAGCAACCCACUGCUGAUCUCCGGCUACAAGUUUGACCUGAGGAUCUAUGUGUGUGUGAAGAGCUUUCAUCCACUGACCGUUUACAUUCAUCAGGAAGGCCUGGUGCGUUUCGCCACUGAGAAGUACAACCUGUCGUCUCUGCAUAACCUGUAUGCUCAUCUCACCAACACCAGCAUCAAUAAGUUCGGUCCUUUCUACAAAACCGAAAAAGAGAGAGUGGGCCAGGGAUGCAAGUGGACCAUGAGCAAGUUCAGGCAUUUUCUCCACAGCCAAAACAUCAAUGAGCUGCUUUUGUGGCAGAGGAUCAACAACAUUGUCACUCUGACCCUCCUCACGAUCGCUCCCUCCGUCCCCUCCUGUCCAAACUGUGUAGAGCUGUUUGGCUUUGAUAUCCUUAUUGACGGCAAGUUUAAGCCGUGGCUGCUGGAGGUCAACUACAGCCCUGCGUUGACUCUGGACUGCCAAGCAGAUAUUACAGUGAAGAAAAGGCUAAUCAACGAUCUGAUUGAUUUAAUGAACUAUACAUUGAUUGACAGCUUGAGGGAGAGGGCUUAUCAGAGACAUGGGUACAAGCAGCCUUGUUUGCAUGCAAACCACCCCUCACAUAUUUCAAUACCUGUGCUGUCAAAGUUUAAAGAAACCAAAUUUCCAAAGCAAAGCGGUGUAAGCCAGUCCAUGACUCUGCCUCUGCUAAAAACUCUUCGCCUACCUGAAAAGAUGAACCAAAGACAGUCCAGACAACAUGCUUUUGCAGCAGACUACCACAGACACCUUCCCCCUGUUGACUUAAACAAGCUAUAUCCCAGUGGCAGAAUAGUUAACACCACCGCUACCACAAACCACACCGCCAAGAGCCUAAACUUGAUACUCGGCCCACAUUCAAGGACAAACGUGUCAUUGGUAAACAGACAGACAUGUCCAGCUCUUGCGACGUGGCAGAAGGACGGCAGGAGUCUUCAUGUGUCUGAGGUUACAAACCGUGACGACACUGAAACAGAAGCCGAGAUAGAGCUCUUGGGAGAUACAGACGUUUCCUCUUCGAUACAUGAUAUCACACAGAAGGGGCUGGGAUUCAGACAUUCUUCUGUGUCGUCAAAGCUCCCAAACAUCUACAGUGGGAAUCACAAGCCAGCACUGAAUGGACAACAUGUUCCUCCACUCAGAGUUGGAGAUUUCAUUCGGACAUUCCCAUUUAAUGCAGCCACUCUGAGGGCCUCGCAGCAUGAACUGGAUGUGAAGAUAGUCAUCCAAGAGCUUCACAAGCUGACGCACACUUUGGCCACAUCAGAUGAGAAGUCUAGGAGAGACAAGGAGGAGGGGAAGAAGGACAUAAAAGGUGAAGAAGACUUUGAUUCACUGUUGUGGGGGCCACAGGAUCCUCCAUUGCUCAGUCGAUGAUUCAAACCCACUUAGAGUGGAGUUCCUUUUUUUCAAUUUUUUUCUUUCCGGAUUUCUUGCUAAGCCCUGACUUGUUUUGAAAUGUAAGACACAUCACUUCUGUAUGCCAAGGGAUAUUCCCAGCACAGUGGAAAAGAGGUCACAAUUAAAUUGAAUAACUGAUG